CCGCCAGGUAAAUGAGUGACACGCUGCGUUUCAGAGCUUGCUUCUAAACUAAAGCGGUCCGGAAGUGAAAAGCGAAAAACGGCGGAGGCCAAAAGAUGGACCGUUAUAGGUAUUUCAUCUUCAACCAGAGGAGUGUGGUGGUGCUGGGCAUCCUUCAGGUGGCGUGCGCGGGGCUCUGCGUGGUUUGCGGCUUUAUGGAUGCGGUUUUCCGCAAGAGCACCACUCUCAGUGAGACCAGGGCUCCACUAUGGGCUGGACUGAUUAUGGCUGCCCCUGGUGUACUUGCCCUUUUUGCAUCACAAAAGAAAAACCCUUAUUUGGUAAACGUGAUGAUCGUCUCCUCCGUGGUGUCGCUCUUUGCUGUUGUGAUCGUCUUCGUUUACGCCUGCGUCACUCUCAGCUAUGGAGAGGAGGAUGAUGAGGUCUUCCACGCCCACCCUGUUCCUCUAGUGAGGUUUGUUCUGAGCCGGAUGGUGAAAGGAGCAAACUGCACCCUCCUGGUGGCCUGCACAGGGUCUCUGCUCUUUUCUUCUCUUAUUGCGUACAUCGGAUGCCGCAGCUUGCCGCUUUGUGGCUGUUAUGACUCUGCAAAUGGCAUGGAGUUUCUAGUUCCUCAGAAUGAUCCUGUCACUCCAACCGAACUUGUAUGCACUUGGCAAGACGGAGAGGAGCGAAUCUUUAACUCCCCCGUGUCAUUCAUGGAUCGCUGUCCCGAACAGGAACAGCAAGACCUAUCAAUACGUCCGCCAUAUAGCAGAUUAGCUUAGUAUUUGUAUUUUUUAAUGUGUGUGAAAUGUAGUGCAUUAAUUUUAAAGUGAAUUUGACGUUUCAUUAAGCUUGCUUUUAACUCUACUCAGAUGUUUAUUGAUGUUUUAAGUUAUUAUUAGUGCCAUAUUAUGCGUUUUCAUACUAAAUGCCUUUGCUUUAUACUUUACAUGAUAGACUGAUAUUUUUGCAUACUUGUGUAAAUAUAUAUUUUACAAUAAACAACCUAU